AUGGAUCCGGAGCAGACGUUCCUGCGGGUGCACGCGCGCCUAUCGGGGACGCUGUCCCAGCUGCUCACGCCGCGGAUCCGCCUCGCGCUCGAGUACCUCUACCUCGCCGGCGCCGUCGCGCUCUUCUGCCUACUCGUCGUCAUGCACACCAACUUCGUGCAGCAGCCUGGCUGCUCAAGUGAGUUUUCUGGAAUUGAAUUUGGAGAAGCACAACUUGUCCAAAUCAAGAUUAUCAGUGGGGGAUUAUGGUCCAGCAGAGGUGCUUCUUACAUCAUGGAUCUCCAGAACCUGGGACGUUCAGCUGAGAAAAUUUUAGAGGUUAAUGGUGAUAAGUUCAACAUUUUGGCAUCUAAGUUUUGGUCAACCUGGGUUGGCCCUGGAGCUAGGAGGAGCUUACCAGAUUUGAAGGCAGCCGGAGAGGGUUCUGUACACCACCCUUUAUCGGCUAAGGAGUCAUUUAAAGCAGCAGUGACAUAUUUGUUCAGAAAAUGGUACCAUCGUGCUGUCUCAUUCUGGAAGAAUAUAAAGCAACUUUCAGAAAAUACCCUCCAGUUGAUGGUCAGAUCAAAUUGGAAUGACUUCCUCCAUAUUGUUAAGGAUCUUCAACUACCAAGCAUGGAUCAUCUUAUUUCGACAAUAGUGCAGUGGUUUGAGAGGAGGAGUAAAGCGUUUGAGCCUACUUAUUUAUAUGGCGUGGAGAAGGGUUAUUUCUUGCUUUCUGAAGGUGCUAAAAUUCGUCAUGGUGUCCGAACAAUCAAUAUCACAAUUUCUGCUCGAAAUCCUUGCUUUGGAAACAGGUGGCAGCAGCUUUUGAUAAACAGCAUUGUUGGAUAUGAUACUAUACUUACAAACAGCUUGGUGAAUUCUCCUGGUCAUGGUUAUUUAUACAACUUUCAGACAAAGGAGCUCUAUGAUCUCAGUUAUGGGCAUGAACCACCAGAAGGUCCUACAAGAUUUGGAGAUUACUUUGUGACAAAAUGUGGUGUCCUUCUAAUGUCACUCUUUGUCUUUUUCACAACCACCAUGUCUGUUUCAUUUACUCUGAGAGAAACGCAAUCCCGCAUGCUUAGGUUCACAGUGCAGCUUCAACACCAUGCACGCCACCACCUGCCAACUUUUCAGUUGAUAUUCGUGCAUGUCAUCGAAUCAUUGGUUUUUGUUCCGAUUAUGAUUGGGAUCCUCUUUUUUCUAUUUGAGUUCUACGAUGAUCAAUUGCUUGCGUUUCUUGUUUUGACUCUUGUAUGGUUAUGUGAGCUGUUCACGAUGAUCAGUGUGCGGACAUCCAUAUCGAUGCAGUUCUUUCCACGCUUCUUCUUGCUCUAUUUUUUGGUUUUCCAUAUCUACUUCUUCUCAUAUACUUAUGGCUUCUCAUAUCUGGCUUUCUCUGCUACGGCAGCAUUCAUGCAGCACCUUAUUUUAUAUUUUUGGAACCGUUUUGAGGUGCCAGCUCUCCAGAGAUUCAUGCGAAGUCGAGCUCACAUUCACCAGCAGACAGGUGUCCAGAUUACAUCCUCAACUAUCUACUCUACCUUACACAUUGCUAGGGUAAAUGUGAGGGACCCUGGUACUAUAAACGAUGGCCUUGGUGCUGCUCGUGAAGCAGAUGCCCUAUUGGUUCAGGAUGAGUCUACCAGGAACCAGCAAGAGGGUCAACAGAAUGGAAUUUCUGAGCCAGCUGCCAACAAUGCUCUCCAGUAUCAAGAGCAAAACACUCAGCAAGCUGGAACCACCCCUACGGGCUCAGGCUCCCUCAACCCAUUUGGGUCCCUUUUGCUGUGGUUGCUAGGAGGCGGUGCUUCUGAUGGCAUAGUUUCUUUCUUCUCUAUGUUCAGAGAUGUCCGUGAUCAUGGUCAAGAUUACACCGAUCCACGUCGAAAUGAAAAUGAUCAGGUGACAUAG